AUAUUUUUAUUCUUUAUGCAGAAUGAUGGCUGUUUUAGUACUUCAGGUGGAAUUCAUCCCUUUCAACUUCAAAACUGGAAACAGAAAGUUAGUCGAACAAAGAAAGCAGAAUUCAUACGCACAGCAGAGAAAUUUAAAAAUCAAGUUAUUAUUAUAGAGAAAGAUAAACACAGUCAUUUCUACAACCAAAAAAAUGACUUCAGAAUUGAGCACAGUAUGCUGGAAGAAUUGGAAAAUAAAUUGAUUAACAGCAGAAAAAUGGAAAGAGCAAAAAUUCAGCAACAAUUAGCCAAAAUACAUAACAAUGUAAAGAAACUUCAGCAUCAGUUAAAAGAUGUGAAGCCUACACCUGAUUUUGUUGAAAAGCUCAGAGAAAUGAUGGAAGAAAUUGAAAAUGCAAUCAACACUUUUAAAGAAGAACAAAGACUGAUAUACGAUGAGCUUAUUAAAGAAGAAAAAGCAACAAAUAAUGAAUUGAGUGCCAUAUCAAGAAAAAUUGACACAUGGGCUGUGGGUAAUUCAGAAACAGAGAAAGCUUUCAGAGCAAUCUCAAGUAAAGUUUCUGUAGACAAAAUGACACCAAAUACUCUUCCAGCAGCAGUGGUAGAUUUUGAAAAAUUCCUGCAGCAAACAGGAGGGCGACAGGGGGGCUGGGAUAAUUAUGACCACCAGAACUUUAUAAAAGUGAGAAAUAAACAUAAAGGGAAGCCUGCAUUUAUGAAAGAAGUUCUAGAACACCUCCCAGGAAGAACACAGGAUGAAGUUCAACAGCAUGAGAAAUGGUUUCAGAAAUUUCUGACUCUAGAAGAAAGACAAAAAGAGUCUAUUCAGAAUUGGAAAACUAAAAAGCAGCAAAAGAAGCAAGAAAUUUUCAAGUUAAAAGAGAAGGCAGACAAUAUUCCUGUGCUUUUUCAUAAUAAACCAGAAGGUAAUCAAAAGCAAAAAGAAGAAGAAAGAAAGAAACAGAAGUUGGCAGUUGAAGCUUGGAAAAAACAGAAAAGUACAGAACUGUCAAUGAAAUAUGCUUCUAAGUUAAAAGAAGAGGAAGAGAAAAAGAAAAAGCAACAAAAAGAAGGCCAACGCCAGCUUAAACUAAAAUUACUAUUAGAAAGUUACACCCAGCAGAAGAAAGAACAAGAAGAAUUUUUGAGGCUUGAAAAAGAGAUAAGAGAAAAGGCAGAAAAGGCAGAAAAAAGGAAAACUGUUGCUGAUGAAAUUUCCAGGUUUCAAGAAAGAGAUUUAUAUAAACUUGAAUUGAAAAUUCUAGAUAGGCAAGCAAAAGAAGAGGAAAAGGCAGAAAAACAAAGAAGAUUGGCAAAAUUAAAGGAAAAGGUUGAAAAUAAUGUUAGUAGAGAUCCUUCUAGGCUUUACAAAUCUACCAAAGGUUGGGAAGAACGAACCAAAAGCAUAGGACCGACAGGCUCUGGGCCACUUCUACAUAUCCCACACAGGGCUGUUCCAACCUGGAGACAAGGAAUAUAGAGGAAAAUAGGAGAUAAUGGAAGUACUAUUCAUUUGAUGAGAGUACUAGCAUAUUCAGUAAUACCAGGAGAGUGUGACUAACCAUAUUCUUUAAAUAUCACUAGCCUAGUCAGAUUUUUUAUUAUGCUGUAUGUAAAUUCAGAGGUACUGUAAGUUUUAUUCUGCAUCAUUAAUGGUUCCUGUUUCUACUAAAAGGGUGUUUAGGGAGGGUAUAUGUUGGCCUGUUACUGAUAUAAAAGUUAUUUAUAUAAAUUUAUGUAACAAACAUCCAUUUAAAUACCCAAAGCAUUUCAAAGAUACUUUGUUUUUGUCAUUGCAUAGCAAAACAAAUCAAGGCAGUCAUAGAGAAGCAUUUUUUAAACCAAAAUUUUGUAACUUUUGUAACUUGGAAGUAAGUUAGCUUGAAUAAUAAAAAUGUCUUUUUUUUUUUUUUAAGAGUUAUGAAAUAGCUUAGUACUUUUUCUAAGUUCAACAUAUUGGUAGUUUGUCAGUUACUACUUUUUUGUGUAAUAAAUAUUUUGUAUUUGAAGCAUGCUUGUUUCGUAUAGAGAAUAUUUAUUUUUUAAACAUACCUCAUAUAUCCUAUUAAUUUUAUUAUUGCUAUCAUCUUUUUGGUUUCCUUCAGCUAUUCUAAAUAUCCUUUUAGCCCUUCUGCAUCUCAUGCAUUUAUGAAAUCUGCCCCUUUUACAUCUUGCUAGCUAAUGCAGUUUUCCUUUGUGCUUCUAUUUGCCUCAAAAUAGAAAAAAAUCUUUGUUCUGAACUAUUAUCUGAAAUAAGCUAAUUUUUAAAAACUGAUUUUGAUUCUUGGUAGCAUUUAAAGUGUUUUAAAAUUGGUAGACAAACAUAUUUGAUCAAAAGAAUCUUAAAAAUUUCCAAACUUUUGUACAUUAAAACACAAUUUAGUUUAAUUCAAAAUUUUAUUUUUAUAAAAGUGUAGGUCCGAAGUUUAAUUAGUUCUAAUAGGAAGAAUAUUAUACACAUAAAAAUACAGGAAAUUUGUUUUAACUUUUAUCUUAGAAGAUCUUUAAUUGUAAUUUUAUACAUAUAGGCUAACUUCACACAGAAUUCACUGAGAAUUCAGACUCAGAAAUUCACUGAGUAAUGGCCAAAAUCUUUUCUAAUUUAACAGUUAAUAGUCAAAGUAUGUAAUUCCAGACUUUGCAAAUUGAAUACUAAUUGUUUAAUUAUUGGUACAGAAUGAGAAAGUUGACUCAGAGGAUCUUUAAUUGUAAAUCUCAUUUAUUUGUUGUCUAUAUCUUUUUAAAAUGAUUUGAAGCAGUUCAGAAAUAAAAUGUAAAGGACAAGGGAAUUUAACUAUAGAACUGAACAGCUACGAUUCAGAAAAGUAAAUUUUUCUUGAAUUGC